GUUAUAUCAGUGCGUAUUGAUCUGUUGCACUUGGAUCAUAAUCAUGAAUUUUUUAAAAAGGAUACCGAAAAGAAUCAAUUACAAUGCAACAAGACGCAUGAUCCUGAAUACAUGGAGUUCAUAAGUUCAAUGCAAGAGAGUCGAAUCCCGCAACAUUGUAUUAUGGAUUAUGUAUCAGAAAUGCACGGUGGUCCUGAGAGUGUGCCUGUAACAGCACAGGACAUGUAUAACCUGAAAAAGGCAAAGCAACGAGAAAGAAAUGCAAAUGAUGUGGCAAAGCUACUAUCCUUUUUUGCAUCCUGCAAAAAGGAUAAUCCACAAUUUUUCUCUGACUUCCAAUUGGAUAAAGAAGGCAAGAUUUUGAGCAUAUUUUGGUCACAUGCAAGCCAGCAAGGGGAUUACAUGGAUUUUGGUGAUGCGGUUACAUUUGACACAACACAUAAGACUAAUCUGUAUGAAAAACCACUAGGUAUGUUUGUUGGUUCAAAUCACCACCUCUAUUGCACUAUAUUUGCUUUCGCAUUGUUGGGGGAUGAAACUGUUGAUACAUUUGAAUGGGUAUUCAACGCCUUCAAAACAUGCAUGGGAACCGAAGGGCCACGAGUGACGCUGACAGAUCAAGAUCCUGCAAUGCCAGUAGCCCUCGAGAGGAUUGACCGGAUACCGAAGGAAUAUAUUUUACAAAGAUACACCUACUCUGCAAGGCAAGAUGUUCCGUUUUCAAGAGAUGAUAGGAAUUUGAAGGGGAAGGAUGGAGAAACAAAGUCAUAUAGACAGAAGAUGUUGCUAAAAAAGGCAAUGAAAGUAGUGCAUCAUGCUAGUUUAUCCAAAGCAGGAAAUGAUAGAGGCCUAACAGUAAUGGAUGAGCUUCUCGAAGUACUUUCGCGUUUGGAGACAGAUAUAGACGUUGAGGAAACUUGUGGAACUAGUGGAGGAGAUGGUAUACAGGACGAUGAUGAAGACAAUAGAGACAACGAAAAGGAUGGUGAAUUUGACGAAAGGAAUAACAAGGAAAUUCAAGACGUAUCUAAUAUACUUGAACAAGGUGUGGCCAAUGAUCAAAUACAUAUACCAAUACGUCCAUUAGAAGAGGUUAAUUUGCAUGAUCACGCAAUUAUGAAUGUUAGUGGUGUCAAUGAACAAAAUGAUCAUGCCAGAAAGUCGAUGGGAUAA